UUCAUACUUCGUGUACAAUGCUAGUGUAGGUCGAACACCAGUGUAGACAUGGCUUGAAAAAAAAUAAUAAAAUAUAUGAAAAUGUAUAAAAACUUGUGCUCUAUGGCUCACCUCGUAGUACUUGUCGGUGUGUGAGUGUGUGAACAUCGGGGUUAAAAUUUGGUGGGAAAAAAAUAAAAGAUGAAAAUGAAAGUGUUUUUGGCGGUUCUUUUAAUUUGUUUAGCCGAUGUGAGCUCGCAACUGGAAUGGUCAUAUAGCUACCAGACGCAAUGGCCAGGAGCAUGCAAGACUGGGAAACAACAGUCACCCAUCAACAUCAUGUCCAGACAGGCCGUCUUCGACAAGGAAGAGGGUCACAUUCACGGACCGCUGGUCUUGCGAGGGUACCGCGAUGUCACCGUCACAUCUGUUAACAACGGACAUACAUUGAGAUGGGACGCCGUACCUGAUUUAGUAGCGCCCGUUAUGUCUGGAGGGCCGCUGUCAGGAAAUUACACAUUCAUGCAGUUCCACUUACAUUGGCUCUCGGAACACGCCAUCGAUGGCAUGAAAUACCCGCUGGAGAUCCACAUGGUGCACAUGAAGACCGGACUGACAGUGGACGAGGCUGUACUAAGACCCGAUGGACUCGCAGUCAUUGGUGUCAUGUGUGAGAUCUACUCUAAAAAUGAAGAAAGCGAACAUGCUUUAGAAGAGAUCAUGCCAGCGGUGCCUGGACUCAUCGACCCGCAAGCGAGGAUGGCUGAACCCACCAGUAUUGACCUCACCCGCCUCCUGAGCCCAGAUCCCCAGUCGUACUACACAUACCACGGCUCGCUCACCACGCCGCUGUGCCAGGAGGCCGUCACCUGGAUAGUCAUGGACAAGCCCAUCACCAUCUCCGACGAUCAGUACCAAGAGAUCACGAAAGCCGACGUUGGCGGGCGCGACAACUACAGAAGCUUGCAACCAGUCAACCGCGUGGUGUAUCGCUCCCUGGCCUCCUGUUCCUCAAUCAUCGCUCCCAGCCUCAUCGGUACUCUGUUCGCCAUCGUGCACUGCCUCUCGUCGACCUUCGGCGCCGGCGUCAACAAGGGUAUCUGUCUCAUCGGCAACUUCAAGAGACGGCUCUUCGGAGACAGUGUAAAACAGUGCGCCAAGUUGUAAGUUCUACUAGUAGUUACUGAUUAAGUCAGGCCAUUUUAGUUCUAAGGGAGUUGUUUUUAGGAUUCUUAGGUUCCUAAAGGAAUGUUUAAGUAAUCCGUUAUGCUCAAGUUGAAUGUGGCUUUAUAAGGUAAAGCUGUUUUGUUACAUAUCUAUAUCGCGUGACACAAAAUUGAAUUGAAAAUUUAUUUGGAUCAAGGAAAUUUUGUCUUUAACAAGUGUGAUAGAAUAGCUCUUCCGUCUCUAAUAUAGACUGUGCGUCUCACACAUCUAAGUCAUAAAAGUCGUCAUAUGCACGAUAAAGGCGCAUAUCAGGCAGAAUGCAAAUGGCAGAAUAGUAUAUUUUAUAUGUUCUGUACAGAGUUUUGUAUAUCCGGUUCCAACAGGCCGGCAUAAUUGUAUCGACUGUCGAGGGGUAAUCAUCUCUCGUCAGUCGACUUUUAUUGAACCCCACUCCACUUACAUGAGGUGCACUGUCACUUUGCUGUGCAUAUAUAAAAAAGAGUGUAGUAAUAUGUCGCAGCAUCCGGGCGGCUCAACGUCGGGCCGUAAGGCACGGUUACCCCAGCAUAACCGCUCAGUCGCCCCCCACGAAGGCUGGGCGGUAGUAAUAAGGGACUGUCACCCCGAAACCAAAAAAAAAGGUCAUAAAUUGUAAAAGAAGAUUCUAUUAUGCAAGCUGUCCAGCUUUGUGUUAAAGGCUCAACUACAUUGUAAAUUAGUCCGUCUCUCAUAUUACAGCUUAUUUCACUAAAUCCACUUAUAAAUUAGAAUAAAACGAUAAAUGAUGUGUUAUCUCAUCCGUCUGCUAUUGUAAAUGAUUCUUUAUUAGGAACACGAUAGGGAUCAUCGACGAUUGUGUCAUAAAUCGUAGAAUCUAAUUAGUGGCAUUUAUUAGAGUCAAUUGGCUGAUUUUGUAAGCUUGUAGAUAUGGAAUAUUGCCUCAUAAUUUCAAGUUAAAAAGGUAUUUUUUCAAGUGAUUUUUUUUAUAUGACCAAAAUAUUGUUUUAAAAUUACAUAUUUCAGACAUUCCGUUAAUCUAUGUGUACAGUUAGCAACAAAAGUAACUAAACAAAUUCAAUAUUUAAAAUCGCCUGAAAACUUUUCUUUUCUUUUCUACAAUUGUUUUGUCUGUACUAAAAUAAAUAUCAUAAGCUUUACUUUAUUUUAGAUUAUGAAAAACUAAUAUUUCGAUUUAACUCAAUGUGAAAGCGUUUUGAAGUUUAGAAUUUGUCCAGCUACUUUUAUUGAUGACUGUAUAUACUAAAAAAGGCUAUAUUUACCUACUAAAAUAGUUGAUGAAUUUGAUAAAGUUUGCACUUUAGUGAAUUACUUGAAACAAUAACUAAGAUAACAAUAACAAGUAACCUUUGAAAGAGGAAGUGUCUGAUUUAUUGAAUAACUAAAAAUAUAACACGUGAUUUUAUUACUUAAGAAAUCGCAAUUUAAAUAACGUAAAUGAGCAAUUACUGUUACGCUAAGGUUAAAUUUAACUUAACCUUUAAGUAGCAUGUUUCGUUGCGUAAAAUAAUUAUUCACUUUUUUGCGUAUAAAAAGCCAUGAUACUACUAUCUAUGUGAAUGCCACAUUUUAAUUUAUAGUCCUGUAAAUAGUUUAGUGUUAUUUGUGCUAAUUAGUUAGCUAUUCUCUAUUAGUUAAGUGUUCUAAAUAUUUUGAAUUUGACGUAUUGCAUUUAAUAUAUUUAUUAUAGCUUUAAUGGUAUUUUAACAUAGAAGUUUUUAGGUGGUUGUCAUUGAAAUAAUUUUGAUUCUUGCGUCAAAUAUACUGACACGUACUGACGCUUACUGACACGUCAGUGACACAGCAGUGCCUGCGCGUUAGCACUAGUAAAGCCUUGAGAUAUGUCAAAUUAUCAGUGUUGUUUAUAGUUAUUAGUUACACCGCGUACUGAUGUAUUUACUGACAAAUGCAGGUAUCACUCACUGUACCUGACGCUUAGUAUAAUCAAAAUUCAAAAGGAUACUAUAAUGUUUUUAAAAGUGAUCUAAAGGUAUCGUUUGCGCAUACUGCCAACAAAAUAUAUUAAAUUUAUUUAUUUUAAAUGUAAAUUUUUAACCAUUAUAACCUUGCAAGGAUUUUCGACGCAUUCUAUGUUAAAUUAUUUCGCAAAUUUUCUGUAAGGAUGUACUGAAGGACGCAAUGGUAUCUGAUAUGUGUUUUGUGAGUGAGCACGGUUGCAUUAUGCUGGCCGGUGCAAAUAAAAAUGUUAAAUCAA